AUGUCGUCGGCCGUCAAACGAAUUUCCAGACAAGUACUUUGUCAUUUAAAAAAAACCUACAAACCCUCAGAUUUCAAACCAACUUUUAUAUAUAGGAAUAUAUGGGGACGUAAGAGAUAUAUGCACCCAAAAGUAUCCUCACGUAAAUUGGCCGACAUGAGGAAAAAUGCUGAAUAUUUAGGUAUGGAUCCGAAAGAGAUGGGACUUCCACCAAAGAAAGAAAAGAAGCCUCCUAGAACAAAACCUCCCAAAGGUGCUAAGCAUGAAAGGAACGCCCCAGAGAGGAAAGCGAAAAUUCAGAAAGCUUUGGAAGAGAUGCCAACAGUUAUCGAAAAUUGGAGAAUGGUAAGGAGUUAA